AUGGAGGCUCGAUUGCGUACAGGUGGCAGAGAGGAGGGAGAAAGUGAUGCAGGAGAGUCAGAGAAGACCGAGAGUAGGGUGAGAAGAGAGGAGGUGGAUGGCAGAGGAGCGCGUACGAGACGUGAGAGGAGAGCAACGGAAGUGGAGGACAAUAUUGACGGAUGCGGGUCGAAGCGUGGAGGGAGGGGAGGAUGGAAGGAGACAGAGGAGGAGGAAAAGGCAGUGGCUAUGAUUGCUGGAGUGUUGAGAGAGAAAUUCGGGCCUCAGAUUGUGAGGGAGGAGGUGGAGGAGGAGGGGUGUACAAACGGAAGGAUUACGGAUGAGGAGGACGCUAAAGGACGACACGAAGAGGAAGAGGUGGGGUAUGGGGAUGAGGAAACAGAGGGCUUAGAAGCUGAGGCCGAAGAGGAUGAGGAAGGGAACGAGGGGGAAGACGCAGAAGCAGAAGAAGAAUUGGAAGCAGAAGCAGAAGCGAGUGAGGAGGACGCACCACCCACCACAUCUCCUCCCACACCCCUUCCUCCACGCAACAGCCCUCGGGUCGUAUCUCCUUCCUCCCUCCUCUCCCUCUACCGCUUCUUCUCCUCCCACCUCGGCAUCUCCUCCCCUUCCACUGUCGCUUCCCUCCUCGUCUCUUACCCUUCGCUCCUUCGGUCUGAUCCCACCAAUGAUCUUCUGCCACGUGUCCAGCUUCUCCAGUUGUAUGGCCUAUCCCGUGCUGACAUCUCAGUCAUCACACGCGUGGCCACCAAUCUCCGCCUCCUCCAGUCCUUCACCCCCCCUGACAGCCCCUCUGUUGCCAUCCAGAUUCUCCGCCAGGCCCCAACUCUCGUCAAUCUCAGCUCUCAGAAUCUCUUAGCUAAGCUCCAGUUCUUAGUGGAGCUGGUGGGGGAGAAGGCAGCAGAGAAGGUGGUGCGCAUCCAUCCGUCGAUUCUUAAGAUAUCGGUAGAGAACAUGCAAAGCAAGGUGGCAUUGCUGAGCGAUCUGAUUGGCCGAGAGAACGCUGUGCUUGCAGUGGCACGGAAUCGGAACAUGCUGGCAUCUAAUGCGGAGAACAUGCAGAGGAGUUUCAGAGAGCUUGUGCGAGAAGUGGAAGAGGCAUUGGAGGGUGGUGGUGAGCACGGUGGUGGGUAUGCAAGAGAAAGCCGGCCUUUUGAAGUGCCUCAAAAGAAUGCAAGAGGGUGUGCGGAACAGAGGGGGAGCGGCGCCGGCUCUCGAGCUGGCUCCAAGAGCUGGGCUGAAGCAACAGCAGCAGAAGAACCAGGCUUUAAGAGCAUUGCUGCCGCCACAGGACCAGGCUUUAAGAGCAUUGCUGGGACCACCAUAGCUCAUGAGAUGGUGAUGAAUCUGGUGGUGAAGGUUCCGACAUCUAUUCGCUUGGAUCAGCGAAUCAGACCGCGACAUAUGGCGCUACUGAGCAAGGGCUAUGUGUUCGUGCCACAUGAGGUGGCGCUGCCAAAGAAUAGCGCACAAAAAGGGGGGCACUUGGAGGGAGUUGGUAGCGGGAGGGGGGCAGAAGGGAAGGACGAGGAUAUAGAAGUGGUACCGGUAUAUGGGGAGGAUGAGGGUGAGAUGGAAGAGUUGGGGGUGAGGAAGGUUGAGUUUCAAAAUGUAUUGGAUUCUAUGCAAGACAGCUAUGCUUUGGUGGGGGGAAAAGGUGCUGCGGGCCAGCGCGGCGUGAAUGGGCAGCUGGGAAGGGAGGCGGUUUGCUUGAUUCAGUUGCUUGGAUGCUCAGACAAGGAGUUUGAAAAGAGAUUUAAGGUCGAGCUCGCACCGUUCAUGCCGGAAACUCGUCCUUAG